UCUAUAGUGAGCACUGGCCCCUGAUGUCCUCCCCAUUUUGUAACACCGAAACACACAUUGAUGAUCGCUAAUAGUUGCUGUCUUUUAGAAUUUCAUCGUACAUACUUUUACUAAGCCCUACCCGGACGAAAACGUUUUUCUUUCACGUUCAAUGUUCGGCCAUUGACUUGGGAGCGUCACAGCUUGGCAUCCGAACUUUCCCGCGUCCGUCGUCGUCGGCCGAGCAGCGGGAGCCGCCAUGGAGUGCCGCGUCCUGUCCAUCCAGAGCCACGUCGUCCGGGGUUACGUGGGCAACAAGAGCGCCUCGUUCCCGUUGCAGGUUUUGGGCUUCGAGGUGGACUCCAUCAACUCGGUGCAGUUCUCCAACCACACAGGCUAUUCCCACUGGAAGGGCCAAGUGUUGACGGCCGACGAGCUGCACGUUCUCUACGAAGGCAUCAAGCUGAACAACGUGCACCAGUACGAUUACGUCCUCACAGGGUACACCAGGGACACGUCCUUCCUGGAGAUGGUGGUGGAUAUCGUUCAGGAGCUAAAGAGAGCCAAUCCGAACUUGGUGUACGUGUGCGACCCGGUGCUCGGUGACCACGGAUCCAUGUACGUCCCUCAGAAUCUGUAUCCGGUGUACAAGAACAAGGUGGUUCCCGUUGCUGACAUCAUCACCCCCAACCAGUUUGAGGCCGAACUGUUGACGGGGAAGAACAUCAGCACGGAGAAAGAUGCCGUAGAGGUGAUGGACCUGCUGCACGCCAUGGGCCCGGACACGGUGGUCAUCACCUCCUCUGAUUUGCCCUCCAGACUGGGCGAUCGCUUCCUGGUGUCGCUGGGCAGCCAGCGUCACGUUCGACCCGACGGCAGCAGGACGACGCAGAGGGUCAGAAUAGAAGUUCCCAAAGUGGACGCCGUCUUUGUCGGAACCGGCGACUUGUUUGCCGCUAUGCUGCUGGCGUGGACGCACCACUACCCGAAUGAUCUCAAGACGGCUUGUGAGAAAACGUUUUCGGUGAUGCAUCACGUCAUCCAGAGGACCAUAUCGUACGCUCACGAACUAGCAGGUCCCGGUCGGCGGCCCAGCCCGCCCCAGCUGGAGCUGCGGAUGGUCCAGAGCAAAGCGGACAUAGAAGACCCCGCCAUCGUGACGGAGGCCACCGUCAUAUCGUAACGACCGCCAGCCUCCCGUCUCCGUCAAAGGUCAUUUUGAAACUCAUCAACCCGUUCCGUCCUCUGACCAUUUUUAGCGCUCCCGACAAGCCAUUAGCCUCCGCGCGAAGCCGCAGAUGGACAAGAAGUGUAGACAGCUUUAAGGCGGGGGGGGGGGGAGAAAAAAAAAAAAAAAAAAAACAUGAGACGCACUGUGUGUGGUCUGAAAUUGGGCAUCUGUGGCUCCACUCCCUUCCACACGUCUUUUAGCAGUGAUGUCAUGGUGACCAACUCCCCCAGAAAAUACGACAAAGGGGAAAAAACCCCCCGCACAAUGUAAAGUUGAUGUAUAGAUGUUGUACUAUAACUGUAUUGGCGCAUCUGUAUGAUAGCUCAACUGUCUAUUGGACCAUCAUGUGCUACUCAACGACACGCUCAUAUCUGACGCCACUUAUCAAAUAUUUUGGGAUACUGCACUGACCUCCAUCGCUCUUACUGCACCCCACGGUACGGGGUCAUCACUUCGCGUUCUCUUUUUUAGAGACGUCCAACAAUCGGGCGCUUGCUGACGUUGAUGGGGGAAAAAAAGAAAAAAAAUCGGUAUGUGUGUACUCCGCUAAGUUACUUCAAGCUAACAUCAGCUGAAAACACUGCAUAUCUGAUAUUUUUACACUUUCGCCAGAUAUGAUGUUUAUUAUUUCUUGCUUUCUUGACGAACGUUAUCUCAUGAAAAACAUGAACGGUUUUGGCUCAAAAGUCCAAAACCUGAAAAUCUAAUCGGAGGUGAUGUGAGGAGAGAGAGAAAAAAAAAUCAUUCCAUCUUGCAAUAAUGUUAUAAAUAUAUAUCUGGAGUUGUACUAGUUAUGUCAAUGUCUUGAUGUCACAAUUUGAAAACAGACGCCAUCUCGCGAGCUGGCUUGAAACAUUCCAAUAAUGUCUUCCUCAAAACGGAGGACGUCUUUUAAAGUGACCACAAUGCCAUGAAGCAGUUUUUGGUUCUUGUUGUUGUCUGCCGUCUUUGAUAUUCUCAAGUUUGUCUCUUCUGUAAAUACUUAAAUAUAUCUUAACUAUAUUUCCUGUGCACUAUUGUUUUCAUGCGAAACUUAACACCGAGCCUCUUUGGACGACGUUGCUAACCAAAACAGCAGCAUCGAGCGACACGCUCAAACUGUUACUUUUUUUUUUUUUUUUAAUUAAUUCAAGCGUGGAGUCCCGGUCCAUGUUGUAAACAAAGAUUUUCUUGUGCAGUAUUAAAGUUACGUGAAGACAAUUAAGUAUAGGAAAAUAGGUAUCGCUUUCACGUACUUCCUUGACACCAAUUCCCAUUUAGACUGGGCGUUUGCACCAUCUUGUGGCAACUUGUUUAUAAAAAAAAAAAAAAAAAAAACAUAAAUAGGAGAACUCUUUUUCCUGAAUAGCGAGCUAGGUAGGGAUCGGUCCAACAGAAAAAAACCCCGCAAAUAAAUGUCCAUUUGUGAAUAUGGAACCACAACUAGGCGGGUGAUUGCUGGAGACCUGGCCACCACGUCGAUGACCCCAAGGGCCACGUGAGUCGCCCGUGGGCCUGUUCUCAAAAUUGCUCAGCGGUGAUGAGACAUUGUGAUUUCCUAAGGAUGUUGUAGAAGUGAUCAUUCGAAAAUGUGGACACUGGCAGAGAUUUAUAGAAAUCAAUAACAGUUUAACAGUUUGCUAAUUAUUGUGAGAAAUCAUUAACAUGAUCAGUGUCUUAUCAAUCGCUGUUAAUGUUAACAUAUCAUAACAACAUACAUUAUUAUGCAAGGCAAUUUAAGCAAAUGUGUUAUUCCAGAAGUGUGUAUCAAACUGGUGACCCGUCGCAUUAAUCAAUGCAGUUGCUUCAGUUUCAAAAGGUUGGUGAAACUUGCUGUUGUACCUUCUGCCAUCUGGUGGCAAAGCAUUGAACUGGAACAGAUAGAUGAACACAGUUACUGUCCCACCAAGUACAGAUUUCGUGAUUCAUCGGUUCCAGAAAUUCGGACUAAAACUGAAUCAUAUGAAAAUCGAAGCACUAUUUCCCAUAGGGAAUAAUAUAAAUCCAAGGAAUCCCUUCCCGUCUGGCACAAAUAUUGACCCAAAAAUAAAUUUGCUCGAGAAUAACUACAUUUCUACAUAGUGAAAACACUUUGAAAUAAAUGUAAAUGUCGAAUGAAGUGUACAAAUGAACUUUGAAACACACCUUUAUUAAAGACCAAAAAGUGGCCAAAAAGCGGUUUCACUGUAUGUGAAGUAGGAUGAUUCGCUGCAGCACACCUGCUGAUUUCGAUCACUGCUAUCGUGGAUGUGCCCCCCCCCCCCCAUCUGCACCUGAGUAAAUAUCUUGCAGCCACUAUUGGAGGCGAUGCGGUGUUUUUUUUGGUAGGUGCUAACAAUUGCGCUGACUGCACUUAGCAACAAGACAAUAGACAAAUAAAAUGUAUUCUCGUGUUCCUUUUUCAAACGGUGUGCUAACUUUGUACCGGUAAUCGUGCGGUGACUCGUCAAGCUGCUUUUAGCUCAGUUUCACGCAUAUCUCGAUCAGCUUGUAUGCUCGUCCGUCUUUUUGACUGCAGUGUCUUAGCUUCCUGCUCGCCAAGCAGGCGGCCACGUUGAUCGGUCCAAAUGUCGACCUGUUGUGUCUUUUCGAGACUGUGUGCGUGUGUUUUUGUGUGUAUUUCUAUUCAUGAAUGGUCACAGGGUUGCGCGUGCGUGUGAUGCAAACGACGAAAACAAAAUACUACUGCAAAUGUGGCCAACUGAGAACAAAUUGGUGUGAGCGAGCACUUUGGUGAACAGGAAGAAACCUGGACCGCAACCCGGUCGGGGUGUUUGCGGACAUCUGCCUCCACCGCUCUGGCUUAGCAGAGCUAGAUGAUACAUCUCGGAGCAGUUGCGGUGGUGGUGGUGAAGAAUUGGAGCUUGGAAAAUAGUCAAAUGAUAUUUUAGCACUUAUUUUCACAUUAUCUUGAAUAAUGUCAUUACUAUUUGCUUUUUGUAAUGAGAUUUUUGUAAAAAAAAAAAAAUAAUAGAAAAAAAAAUAGAUUUUAUUUUCCUGUCGUUUGUUGAUUGCAGCUUCGGCGUUCCGAAAGUGUAUCGUUAGCCUAAUAGCAUCAUUGCCUAAGUCAGUGGUACCGCCGAGAAAAAAACCCAAUUUGCUUUCUAAGUCCCACCGUAAUGACCAACAUUAAAAUCCAGUUGCAGUAAAGUGUUCAGCAAAAAGGAGAAGUUUUAUCCCUAAAAAAAAAAAAAAAAAAAGCCACUGUAACAAUGUGCACAGCGAGAAUAUUAAACACAAUCAGUUAAAUAGAAAUUGUACUUAAAAAAUAAAAAAAUAUAUAUCGUACUUAAAAGUUAAAUACAACUGAACUGCACUAUUUUUUUUUUAAGUAAAAAAGCAUAAACUGCAUGCAUAGCUCCAAGCUUCCUUCUAAUUAUAUUUGGUUCGAUUUCCUGUUUUAGUUGCCUCAAAUUACACGUUCAAAAAACAUAUAUAGCAAGCAUUAGUAGUUGUUAUUGAUACUGCGUGUAACAGAAAGUUAAAAAUGGCUUGAGCAAUGAUGCGGUUUGGCAAACAGUAUGUCGAGCUUUGAGUAUGUUGAAGAGGACAAUCGUCGUAGGAUGUUACUCGAGUGUUGCGAUGCCUCGCGUCCGGCGCUCACGUGGAGUUUCAUUAAUAUGCAGAAGAAGCACAAAUGAUUGACGAGACAGGUCUUUAUAUCGAUGUUUGUUCUCGAAAAAGAUCAACAUUUGGCCUCCUCUUGAAAUGGCGUGGAAAAACAAAACAUAGUGCAGAAGGAAGCACUUUUUAGUCGAUGUCAUUUCCUUGCCGUGUGUGAUUUUGCUGUGGAACAUUUAAAACCAGAAAAUGCAAAACAAAAAUAUGUGAUGCACAGAAUAUAAUAUGUUAGUUACAGAGAAGUAUUAAGCAACUGGUCAAUGUUUUUGUCUUAAUGUGUAACAACAUUUCAAUGUGCCCCCGUUUUGACCCGCACACCAUCAUCUCUGCCAACUUGUUUUGAAG